GCUCCGGAGCCAUGAGCAGCGCCGUGCUCCUCGCCCACCUCCCGGACCCCAGCAGCAGCUUCAGGGAAGACGCCCCCCGACCCCCUGUCCCGGGGGAGGAAGGAGAAGCACCAUGCCCGCAACUCGCCAGCUCGUUCCUCGCCAAAAGCCAAAGCUUCAAGGCCAUGCCGGUGCCUCCUGCCCCGCGGAGGAACGAGAACGGGCUCGGGGAGCCCGAGGGCAGCGCGUCCCCGGACUCCCCCCUGGCCAGAUGGACCAAAUCCUUGCAUUCCCUCUUGGGAGAUCAAGAUGGUGCCUAUCUUUUUCGGACCUUUCUGGAAAGGGAAAAAUGUGUGGAUACCUUAGACUUUUGGUUUGCCUGCAAUGGCUUCAGGCAGAUGGACCUUAAGGAUACCAAAACUUUGCGAGUAGCCAAAGCUAUUUACAAAAGGUACAUCGAGAACAACAGCAUCGUCUCCAAGCAGCUCAAACCUGCUACCAAGACCUACAUAAGGGACAGCAUCAAGAAGCAGCAGAUAGAUUCCAUCAUGUUUGAUCAGGCACAGACUGAGAUUCAGACUGUGAUGGAGGAAAAUGCUUACCAGAUGUUUUUAACUUCUGAUAUAUACCUCGAAUAUGUACGGAGUGGAGGAGAGAAUCCCGCUUACAUCAACAGCAACGGACUGGGGAGCUUAAAAGUUGUCUGUGGCUAUCUCCCGACCUUGAAUGAAGAAGAGGAAUGGAGCUGUGCAGACUUCAAAAACAAAAUCUUGCCUUCGGUAGUUGGACUAUCCAGCAAGACGUUGAGGGUUACAGCGAAUGUCAGAGCCACGGAAACGAUCGAGAACGGAUACAGGUCCUUCAAGAGGAACGACCCUGUUAACCCUUAUCACGUGAACUCGGGCUAUGUCUUCGCGCCGGCCACCAGCGCCAACGACAGCGAAAUCUCCAGCGAUGCCCUGACGGACGACUCCAUGUCAAUGACGGACAGCAGCGUAGAUGGGAUCCCCCCGUACAGGAUUGGGAGCAAGAAGCAGCUCCAGCGGGAGAUGCACCGCAGCGUCAAGGCCAACGGUCAAGUUUCUCUACCUCAUUUUCCGAGGACCCACCGGCUUCCCAAGGAGAUGACCCCGGUGGAGCCAGCCGCCUUCGCCGCCGAGCUCAUUUCCCGGCUGGAGAAGCUGAAGCAGGAGCAGGAAACCAUGGACUGUCUGGAGGAGAGGCUGCAGCAGAUCAAGGAGGACGAGGAGAAGGAGGGCGCCGAGCUCCCUGCCAGCCUGCAGAGCGGCCGGGACGCCGCCAACCCACAGCACCCGCUGUCGCUCCUGCCCUCGGGCAGCUACGAGGAGGACCCCCAGGCCAUCCUGGACGAGCACCUGUCCCGCGUGCUGAAGACCCCCGGGUGCCAAUCGCCCGGCGUGGGCCGGCACAGCCCCCGCGCCCGCUCGCCCGACCGGCUGCCCGCGGGCAAGCUGCCGCCGGGCACGGCCUCGCUGGCCGCCUGCGCCCUGCUGGGCAAGGGCUUCAUCGCCACCAAGCAGACCACCAAGCAUGUCCACCACCACUACAUCCACCACCACACCGUGCCCAAGAGCAAGGAGCAGAUCGAGGCCGAGGCGGCGCAGCGGGUGCAGUGCUGCUGCCCGGCGGGCGGCGACUACUACUGCUACCCCAAGUGCAAGGGCCACCCCAAAAACACUGACCCCCCUCUCUCCCCGCUGGAGCCCUUCGGCAGGACGGGCACGCUGCUGAAGAGGCCGGGCCGAGGAGGAGGGGACAGCGUGGCCCCUGGGGACGGGGGGCUGCCCGGCCCUGCUGGGGUGCAGCUCCCGGGGGGCGAAGCGGAUCGGGCACAGAACGUCUGGCAGUGGAUGCUGGAGAGCGAGAGACAAAAUAAGCACAAGACCCAUAGCACACAAAGCACAAAGAAGGCCUACAGCUCCGACUGCGCCAAGGGGGCCCCCGGCCGCCACCACCCCUGGGGGACGGGCAGCCACCCCCGCGGGGCACAGCCCGCCCACCCCUUCGUGCAGGACCCCGCCAUGCCCCCGCUGACGCCCCCCAACACCCUGGCCCAGCUGGAGGAAGCGUGCCGCCGCCUGGCCGAGGUCUCCAAGCCGCAGAAGCCACGAUGUUCAACCUCAAAUCAGCAGAGGGACCGAAACCACUCCGCUGCCAUUCAGGGGGGCAGCUCCCCUUUCUGCAAUGCAAGCCUAACGACAGAAGAUCACAAAGAGCCAAAGAAACUGCCAGUUGUUCACACCUCUCAGUCUGGUGAGCUGGUUGUCACCUAUUUUUUUUGCGGAGAAGAAAUUCCCUACAGGAGGAUGUUAAAGGCCCAGAGCCUGACACUUGGGCACUUUAAAGAACAGCUGAGCAAAAAGGGAAAUUACAGAUACUACUUCAAAAAGGCCAGUGACGAGUUUGACUGCGGGGCGGUGUUCGAGGAGGUUUGGGAAGAUGAAACCAUCCUGCCCAUGUACGAAGGGAGGAUCCUCGGGAAGGUGGAAAGGAUUGAUUGAUGGCAUCUCUGCUCCUCAACCUAGGAAAAUCUUUGGACACACAACAGUAGUGAUGACAAGGCAAGAGGAAGAAAAAAAAAAAAUAAAACCACUCUGAAGGAAAAGUUUUGAACCAAUGAAGAAGAAAAAAAAAAAAAGUGAAGUCUGUGAAGACUUUGCUGAAUUAGCCUUAGAGGAAAAGAAUGGCAUUUAUUAUUCAUGAGUUGGGUACUGAGAUGAUAAAAACCCUGGACUAUUUAUUAGAAACAUGACCACUGUUGGCUAUUGGAGAUGCAGACCGUGUGUGAGAGACUUCCAUACAUAAUAUAUGAUUUCCUGGGGAUCUGAAAUCUAUGGACUAAGAGAAACUGUGUAUAGCUUACCUUAACAGUAAUCCUUAUUGAUAUUUAUUGAACAGUCUGUUUUCCCCUAAGUCCAGUUUUUGGAUAUGCUGCUUUAACAAUGGAGAAGAGAGGGGCUGGGAAGUGGGGUGAGGGGAGGAAGGAGUAUUUUAUUUUUUUACGUUUUUCCCACUAUCUAAAAUUUAUGAAUUUGGAGCACAUUCGUGAUGGUUUUUUGGUUUUUUAUUUGAAAGGGGAGAGGGGAAGGAGUGAGGUCGUGCCCAGUAUUUCUCCAAGUGAAGAUAAAACUUUCCUAAAGAAAUAAUAUUAAUAAUAAUAGUAAUAAUAAUAAUAAAAGCCAAAAUAAAAAUCCAUUCACCUAGAGACCGGUGCAUUUUAAUCUAUGCUGCUCUAAUUUGAAAUAAAGGUCUUAAACAUUAACUCUAUUUAGCUGCAAUAUAACAACAACAGCAACAGGUUAUUUUGUCCAUGGAUUUUGGCGGGGUGAGGAUUUUGCCUUGCUGCUCUCAGUGAUGCCCAAGGUAGAGCAAAACCCCGAGCCUGGGAGGGCUGUACAAGGAGCCAUCCCAUUCCCAUGUCCAUAUUUAGCACAGCUCGAGGUUAAAAAGGUUGGAAAAGCCCGUGUGGGUUCCACAGAGCUGAAGGUUUUUAGCUGUUGGGUGUUGGCACUGUUUGUGUUUCACGGCCGUGUUCGGCUCAGUGUGGAGCGUGUGAGUCCGUGUGUGCUGGCGUUUGGUUGGGUUUUUAUUUCUGGCUGGGUUUUUCUCUGCCUCCCCUUGAACACCCACAGGAGAUGUGGGUGAAGGCUCUGGGAGCUCUGUGGGGUCGGGUUUUUUGGGGCAGAACGAGCCUUUCCCGAGAAAGACCUUGCAUUUCAACAGUUGGGUUUUGUGUUGAUUAAGUUAAUCUGUGCAUUCUGUUUGCCAUUGCUACUUUGUGUAAGUCUGUAUAUAUUGUAGAAAAUGUAUGGUGGAAAUAUUAAUACACUAUCUCUAGUGUUUUUUAAAUUUAAUCAGUACAGUACCUGUGCCUGCAUGGUGUUACAGACCAUGCUUCGCCCUAUAUUCAGGGUUCAAGCUUUCCCUUGCUUGUUUAAGGGGUUUAUGUAUAAAUAUAUUUUAUGCCUUUUAUUACAAGUCCUGUACUCAUGACUUUUGCCAUGGCAUUUUGUUCUACUUAUACUGUAAAUUAUGCAUUAUAAAGAGUUUCAUUUAAAAAAAAAAUUACUUGGUACAAUAAUUAUUGUAAUUAAGAGAUGUAGCCUUUAUUAAAAUUUUAUAUUUUUCAAAUUAA